AUGUUCGGCCUCGAAUACAACUAUUGUAAUACAGCUUGGUCUGUUGGAUAUGUAAUUGGACAAAUACCUGGAAAUAUCUUGCUCAACAGAGUCUCGCCACACUAUAUCGUAUUCGCUCUUGAAUUUGGAUGGUCGAUCAUGACUUUGUGUACCUCUUGGGUCAAAAAUUGGCAUCAACUGUGUUUCAUCCGAUUCAUGGUGGGACUAUUUGAGAGUGCUUAUUAUCCAGGCUUGCUCUUCCUGAUCGGAUCAUGGUACACCAAAGACGAGCUUGGCAAGCGCUCCAACAUCUUCCAAGCAGCCACAGCGGCUGGCACCUCAUUUCGGGGGUAA